AUGGCAAUAGCAGCAGUGGAAACGAAAUACUAUGCUCAAAGUCUAUCUUCCGAAAGACAAUAUUUUGGCGUUGGAGUUCCAGGUUCUUUCUAUGAUCGAUUAUUUCCCUCGCUAUCUCUCUAUUUUGUGCACUCAUCCUAUGCACUACACGGACUCUCUAAGGUGCCAAAGAAGUUGCUAGAUAAAAACUCCUCAGAUGAAGUAAUGAAAGCUUGUGCAGCUCAACUUGAAAAAGACAUGGAGAAUUUUCUGGAUGCUAGAGCUAAAGAAAUUGUUGUUGGCAGAAUGAUGAUACUCAUCAUGCAAAGUCCCCUGGAUAAUAUUGAUCACUCUAAGACCCCAGCUGGUGUGACAUUUAAAUUUGUUGAAGGUGGCCUUAUGGAUAUGGUGAAAGUGGUGAGUCAAUGA